AUGUCCGCUGAGUCCACCACCGCACAGCAACAGCCGUCGGCCGCCACUGAAUCGUCUGUGGUGUCGGCAUCCUCCGACGUUUCUAGCAUUUCGGGCAAGCCAGUCAGCGUUUCUACAGCUUCGCCCUCUACUGGUGCUGCUGUUUCUGCUGCUUCCAACGACUCUGAUGCCGUGACGCCCGAUACGUCUGCACCCGGGACUGCGGGGCUUGAAGAUGGGGAGGGUCCUUCUCCAGCAAAUGCUUCACAAGGAGGCCGUGAAAUCAACAAGAAGGUUCUUUAUGUCGGUAAUAUCGAUCAGCACGUUACUGAGGAUAUGCUCAACGAAGUGUUCCGGGUUACGGGCAAUGUUUUGUCCAUUAAGAUUUUCCCUGACAAAAACAAGCGCAGCUUCAACUAUGCUUUUGUCGAAUACAGCGAUCCCAACGGUGCUGAGCUUGCUUUUAACACCCUUAAUGGCCGGGCUUUAAACCAGACUGAAAUUAAAAUCAACUGGGCAUACCAAUCCCUCAAUGUUACCAAGACCCCUGAGCUCUUUAAUGUGUUUGUGGGUGAUCUGUCGUCUGAAGUUGACGAUGACUGUCUUGCCAAAGCCUUUGUUGGGUUUGGUUCGAUGUCGGAUGCGCAUGUUAUGUGGGACAUGACCACUGGUCGGUCGCGUGGCUACGGGUUUGUGACAUUUCGCAACCAAGAUGAUGCGUUGCGGGCGAUUGACCGUAUGAAUGGUGAAUGGCUUGGGUCACGGACCAUUCGAUGCAACUGGGCCUCUCAACGUAUCCCUCAGCAACAGCAACAGUACCACCACAAUAACCACCAUCAGUACCACCGUAAUGACGGUGGCAACAACCAUAAUGGGUACCAUCACCAACAACAACAGCAGCAACAGCAGCAACAGCAGCAGCAACAGAUUCCUAUUCAGUUUUCUAACCAGCAGCAGCUUUACUUUAACAAUAACAAUGGCAACAAUGGUAUGCAGCAGGGCUACGAUGGGCAACAGCAGCAACAGUUGCAGCAACAGCAACAGCAGCAGCAGCAACAGCAGCAGCAGCAGCCACAGCAGCAAUUUCUUGGACAGAUUUCACCAAUUGGAUCUCAGCAGCCCGUGCAGGUAAGCCCGCCUUAUGAUGUUGUUCUGCGUCAGACUCCCAACUGGCAAACUACAGUUUACUUGGGCAACAUUCCCGGAUACACGGUGCCCAACGACCUGCUGCCCGUUUUGCAGAACUUUGGGUUUGUUGUUGACUUCAAGUACCAGCAAGACCGUGAGUAUGCAUUCAUCAAGUACGACACUCAUGAGCAUGCUGCUCUGGCGAUUUCUCAGCUUUCUGGACUACAGUUUAAUGGCCGGACGCUGCGUUGCGGAUGGGGCAAGGACCGCAGCAACCACCAUAACCAAUAUCAGGGAUAUGGGGGCCGUCAGUACAACCGAUAA